AUGAUACAGGUGGGAUUUGAUCCUCAUCACCAUAUCCGUGUCCCGGGUCUCCCGCCCAACCUGUCUGGCAUUCCGGGCGGAAAACCAGCCUACUCGUUCCACGUGAGCGCCGACGGCCAGAUGCAGCCGGUGCCGUUCCCCCCGGACGCGCUGAUCGGGCCGGGGAUCCCCCGCCACGCGCGGCAGAUCAACACGCUGAACCACGGCGACGUGGUCUGCGCCGUGACCAUCAGCAACCCCACGCGCCACGUCUACACCGGGGGCAAGGGCUGCGUCAAGGUGUGGGACGUCAGCCAGCCGGGCAACAAGACCCCCGUGUCCCAGCUAGACUGCCUGAACAGAGACAAUUACAUCCGCUCCUGCCGGCUACUUCCUGACGGGCGAACGCUGAUCGUCGGGGGCGAGGCCAGCACCCUGUCAAUCUGGGACCUGGCCACGCCCACUCCCCGGAUCAAGGCGGAGCUAACGUCGUCGGCGCCCGCGUGCUACGCCCUGGCCAUCAGCCCCGACUCCAAGGUCUGCUUCUCCUGCUGCUCUGACGGCAACAUCGCCGUCUGGGACCUCCACAACCAGAUCCUGGUUAGGCAGUUCCAGGGCCACACAGACGGGGCCAGCUGCAUCGACAUCUCCAACGACGGCACCAAGCUGUGGACCGGGGGCCUGGACAACACGGUCCGGUCCUGGGACCUGAGGGAGGGCCGGCAGCUCCAGCAGCACGACUUCACCUCACAGAUCUUCUCUCUGGGCUACUGUCCCACGGGGGAGUGGCUGGCGGUGGGCAUGGAGAACAGCAACGUGGAGGUCCUCCACGUCACCAAGCCUGACAAGUACCAGCUGCACCUCCACGAGAGCUGCGUGCUCUCCCUUCGCUUCGCCCACUGCGGGAAAUGGUUUGUUAGCACAGGAAAGGACAACCUGCUGAACGCCUGGAGAACCCCAUACGGAGCCAGCAUAUUCCAGUCGAAGGAGUCGUCGUCCGUGCUGAGUUGUGACAUCUCUGCAGACGAUAAGUACAUAGUGACGGGGUCCGGGGACAAGAAAGCCACGGUGUACGAAGUCAUCUACUAGGACUGGCCCGGGAUCACCGUCUCUUAUGUAUAUUUCUUAUUUUGUAUAAAAACAAAACAAAAAAAUGAUUUGUACGCAAAACACCAAACCGUUUGACUAUCGUCGUCGACCGUGACCCCUUGACCUCUCGACUGAACAGCCGGGGCCGAGCACUUGGAAUAUUUUGUAUGUUUUUUUGAUUUUUGUUGUGAUGAAGAUGAGUGAGUCCGUCUGGACAGGAAACCGAGGAGCAAGGUGAAAGACCGGGAGAGCCAUGGCUGGCUUGUGUUCCUUGAGAAAAAAAAGCUACCUACUGUAUGUACAUUUGCGAAUUAUUGAUCUCUUUGUGUGAUUUGUGACAUCAGACUUUUUUCAGUAUUAGGGCCAAGGUUGCUUUUUGAAAUUAUUUUUUUUUCCUUUUUGCCUUUGCAUAAUACCUCACAGUGUUGGUCAACAGCUUUCUCAUUUUUGGUGGCGUUUAAUUUAAUUGAUUCAAGUGUAUAUUUAUCUAUUUAACACACUGGAAGAACAUCAUAUUGAAAACAACUGUGGAUAAUCAUUUCUCUAAUUUGGUGAAAUCUGGUGUUUUUGCAAUUUGACACAAAACAAUGUUUAAGACUUAAUAGUAAAGGAAAAUACCACGCAGAGCAAAUAAUGGUCUGAUAUAUUUCUGUUGAGAGCGCUCCUACUGUAAACCUUUUCUCAUUCAUCGUAAAGUGUUAAGUUUUGUUAUGUUUUUGCUGCUUUUUAAAAUGAUUUCAUGCAUGCAUGGUUUGCGUGACCUUGCCUGUGUAUUUGUGUGUGCGUUCGUGUGAGUGUGUGUG